AUGUCGUACGGAUACCCUGGACAAGGCUACGGCCCCGGUGGGGGACACCACCAACCUCCCCCUCCUCAGUGGGAUGGCCAGCAGCAACACCACCAUCAGGGAGGCUAUGGCUACUCUAAUCCGGGACAGGGCCAGUACAACCCUCAGCCUCCUCAGGACCAGGGCUACGGGGGAUAUCACCAACAACCUCCUCAGCAGUAUCAGCAAGGCAGCUACAACCAGGGACAGUAUCCCCCACAGGGCGGAUAUGGGGGACAUUACGGACAGCAGCAACAACACCAUCAGCAGGGACAUUCCCAACGCCCCACUGGUCCUCCUCCCGAUGGCUAUGAUAUCUACGGCUACCCAAUCGGCUCUGGUCACCAGGCUCGUGAUCAGGGUUCCCACGAAAUCCACGAGAUUCCCUCGGGCACACAGCAGUUCGGUCAUGGUGCUCCUGAAGGCUAUGGCUUCCAGUACUCAAACUGCUCGGGUCGCCGCAAGGCAUUGCUGAUUGGCAUCAACUACUUGGGCCAGGAUGCCGAGUUGCACGGCUGCAUCAACGACACCAAGAACGUCUCCGCCUUCCUUGUCGAGAACUAUGGCUAUAAGCGCGAGGACAUGGUCAUUCUUACCGAUGACGCCACAAACCCCCUCUUGCAGCCGACAAAGGAGAACAUUCUUCGUGCGAUGCAGUGGUUAGUUGCUGGUGCUCAGCCCAACGAUGCCUUGUUCUUGCAUUACUCCGGCCAUGGUGGGCAGACUAAAGAUACCGACGGCGAUGAGGACGACGGCUAUGAUGAGGUCAUCUACCCUGUUGACUUCAAGACCGCCGGCCACAUCGUCGACGAUCAAAUUCACGAUACCGUCGUGAAGCCCCUCCAACCCGGUGUGCGAUUGACUGCCAUCUUUGACAGCUGCCACUCUGGCUCCGUUCUUGAUUUGCCCUAUAUCUACAGCACUAAGGGCGUCAUCAAGGAGCCCAACCUUGCGAAGGAGGCUGGUCAGGGUCUGCUUGCGGCUGUUGGCUCCUAUGCUCGUGGCGAUAUUGGAGGCAUGGCCAGCAGCCUGUUCUCCGUCGCUAAGACAGCGUUUGGCGGCGGCAAUGAGGCCUAUGAGCGCACCAAGCGGACAAAGACAUCGCCUGCCGAUGUUAUCAUGUGGAGUGGUAGCAAGGACGAUCAGACUUCGGCCGAUGCGACAAUCGCGUCCCAAGCCACGGGAGCCAUGUCUUGGGCCUUUAUCACCGCCAUUAGGGCGAAUCCCAAGCAGAGCUACGUGCAGCUGCUCAACAGCAUCCGCGAUGUGCUCGAGACUAAGUAUACGCAGAAGCCUCAGCUCUCCAGCAGUCACCCCAUCGACGUCGACAUGCUCUUCGUCAUGUGA